GUCCUCGUCGCUUGAGGCUCUGUUUGCCUCAGGCCACAAAGGCAUCGAACUCGGAGCUUGCACUUCGGGGAAUCCAGAAACCUUCAAUUGAUCACAUCCGCCCGAGCUGACUGCCCCCCCAUAUAACCUCGUCCAUCAACAAAACCAAACAAACCGCCAAAAUGGUCUUCGCCUGGAAAGCCGCCGGUAUCACCUACAACCGCUACCUCGCCGUCGCCUCGCGCGUCGUGCGCCGCAGCCUGAAGGAGGACAAGAGACUCAUUGCCGAGCGUCGCGGAGAGAUGGAUCUCCGUUUCGCCAAGUGGGAGAACGGCAAGCAGGGCGAGAUCAAGAACCUUGCCGAGGCCACCGUCAACGUUCCUCCCCCUUCUUCGUAAACUCCGAACCGACAAUCAUGUGAGAGAUAAAGAGGGAAUUGCAUCCGAGGGUGAUCGAGGGAUAGAUGGGGAAUGAUGGGGAGUCAAGACGCCUCCCCGGGUACCCGCCGGCUUCAACUGGACAGUUGAGCUGCUGUAUCAUAUCAAAAACUGGGCAUAAAAUCUAUCAAUCGAAAUGCCAUGCUAAGAUUUUGUUGAUCGAUCUGAAUUGAAUACGUGCACUACCAGGCGCCGGUGAUGAAAUGUUGCGAUGUCGGGGAGCGGGUGACCGGCGCGCGCUUUCGCUCGACGUCGGCCAGAAUGUUGGGCGUGCUUUCCAGGUUCCCUCCACCCAAAUUUGCCCGCCUGCCGGACAAAUUCGGUUGUGAUCAAUCAAUCAAUGUUUCC